CCACUCUCUCGUCUUCCACAUGUAACAAUGUCUCACGCGUUUUCGUGCCACUUCUACAGGGUCAUUGAUCCCCCAACCUGUUCACAUACACCAGCCUGCUACAUGCUCACUUGCCAUACCGUGACAUUCGACACACCUUUAAAGAGAGAAGCAGAAUGAAUAGAAUCAUGCUCUCAACUCUACCAUGGCCCUCCUACCCAAGUUAACCUCGGCUGCUAUCCCCUUACUGUUAUGCAUUCCAUUUGUUUGUGCUUUACCGCCUUUCAAUUCCACUAGUACUACUACCUCUACACUCGAUGUCACCGGCUCUCCGCACAUCAGGUACACCAGGACCUUGUGGGACAUCAUUUGGAGCUGUGCUUUAACUCUAUUCACAUGCACAUGGACCGCAAUUCACCCAAACAUCCCGGGUAUGGACGAGGGAAGGAUAAUCAUUUUCUUCCGUCGCCUAUUCAUCAUGGUUCUGGCGCUGAUCGCCCCAGAACUCAUGGUCACUUGGGCCGCAAUACAGUUUCUAAGUGCUCGUGAUACUGCAAAAACCUUCCGUGCACAAUCUUACCAGGUCCGCGGUGCUCCGCAUUCUAGUGAGUGGACAGUGACGCAUGGUUUUUUCGCGUGGAUGGGUGGAUUCAUGCUCUACCUCGAUGACGAGCCGCAAACUACUUCUCUACCCAUGGAGCGUGAGGACUUUGUUAACGAGGGCUCCGUGGAAAUGUCCACCAUCGAAGAUACAGAGACAGAAGGUCGAAGCGAGAGUGAUGCGCUAUCCGGAGGAAUAACAAACAACCUACGCCCGAACGCUCCACAUGUUGCAAGUCGCACUUUUAGAGCCCCUCUUACACCCAAGGAGCUCAAGUUCUUUGUUGAUAAGGGCUCCGUGGACAUGCCCGUCAUAGAGGAGGCAGACAUAGAAGGCCGAAGUAAGGGUGACGCGCUAUCCAAAGGAAUAGCCAUUCUGCAGCUGGGGUGGUUCGUCCUGCAGCUUGUUGCCCGUUACAUUCAACAACUUCCGGUAACCCUUCUUGAAAUCGAUACCCUGGCUAUAGUUUCUCUUGCCUGUAUUGCCUCUUGUCUGUGGUGGAAGAAGCCUAAGGACGUCCGACGUCCUUGUCUUAUCCGUUGGAAAAUUAAAACGCCUCCGGAGGUACUAACCUAUGAAAAAAAAAAUUCAGCUUUCUCCUUGCAUAACUUGCAUGAUUAUCUUGUAGUUCUCAUUUAUCCCUUGAGGAGUCUUAUGGGCACUGCCGUCAUCAUUUCUCCCUGGGCUGUCCGAGCACAUCGGAUCCCAUCUUUAGGUGGCUAUGCCGAUAACUUUCGUCAUGGUCCUAAUCAUGUCAUUACACUUAUCCUUGGAUGCUCCAGUGCCGUUAUAUAUGGAGGACUGCAUUUCCUGGGCUGGCAUUAUUUGUUUGAGGGGCACACACAGCAGGUGCUAUGGCGUGUUGCUUCUAUCGUGAUAGCGUCCGCAUCAGUACCUCUUCUUCUGACGUUUAGUGUGGUCAUAUCGUUUGACUUUAAAGAGGACAGUUGGGCUGUGAAGUUAGCUGUAGUUACCGCCGCCUUCAUAUAUAUCACUACGCGCAUCACGAUAAUUGUACUUAUAGUGUCAAGCUUACGAUCACUGCCCCCUGGCGCAUACGAUACAGUGGCAUGGACGACGUUUAUUCCACAUUUUUAGUUUCCUCUUACUUACAUCACGAUCAUGAGUAUCCUCUUACUAGAAUCAUCACUUUAGAUAUCUUUCUCAUCUCUCUACCGUUUCCGUGGUAUCUGACUCGUUUUAUACACCAGCUUGCCUGUUACGUGCCAGUAGAGCUUGGCAAUCGAAUUGUUGUUCAAACUGACUGUUAAUCAAACAUUUUUCAAAACCAUAUUGGCCUCGUAUGUCAUGGCUAGCAUUUGGAUGACGAGGGUCCUCAUAGCCUGGCGAAUAUUCCCGUGGUGACUAUCGUGCAGUUCCAUACGAGUGGAAACCCACAGUAAGCUCGAUCGCUAGUCUUGCCACCAGCCGUCUUGUCUUGCGUAAGAGUCGCGGUGGAAUAUAUACCCAGCACAUCUCCUCAUCACUACUGUGUAAGGCGAUUGCUCACACCAAUACUCUUGACGGCGAAGUAAAUUUCCGGCUGA